AUGCUUCUUUAUUUCUUGUUUGGCGUUGCAUUUGCAUCGACAUAUUUCUCAGUUAUCGAGAGCGUUGAUAACACAUACAGAGUAGUUCCUGGCCGCUUUAAGGAUAACUGUGCGAUUGGGUAUUUUGAUGAUACAAAAGAUGCGACUGGAUGGGGACAACUAUACCUCAAAUCAAACCAAAACCUUGCAGAUGACAAGCAGUCUUAUUGUCUUGGAUACUUAGAGGCUUACUUGACACACCACCAAAUGUAUUUGUAUUGGAACAAUUACAAAAUGAACGAAUACAACAAAGGGAUAUUUAGUGACACAUUAAAGAGUGUCAUGAUUGAGCAACUUGGUUUCUUCAAGGCACAGAGCCUCUCAGCGACCAACGAUUAUUGGAAACAUCAAAAAGUGAUAUUGUCACAGUUCAACGGUCUUGUAGAUGCGUACACUGAAUUCAGUCCGUCGACUGAGGCACUUCCCGAGAUUGAAAUCUACAUGUUGCUCUCUGUUGGUGACCUUGAGAACUUAAAUGAAGUCUACAAAACUGGAACUGAGCCCAAGACAUCUAUAGUAUACAUGUCUAAAGCAUAUCCAGACUUGGUCUUCCAUGAAUGUAGUGCUUUAGUCCGCAAUGUCGAUGAUGAGAUUUACUUUGGUCAUGCCACAUGGAGAGGGUAUUAUGCCAUGUUAAGAAUAUAUAAAAUAUAUGACGUUAAGUACAAUAAUAGAAGAAUCAGAAUGAGCUUCUCUUCAUCGCCAGGACUGAUCCAUUCGAAAGAUGAUUAUUAUACUGUUAAUACAGACGACAACUCCCUCUUUGUAAUGGAGACUACAAACAGUGUUUAUGACACUUCUUUGAUUGGAUCAAUUGCUGACAAAUUGUUGUCAUGGCAGAGAAUUUUAGGCUCGCUGUAUUACGACACCGACGCUAAAACUUUUGUUGAGACUAUUAAACAAUACAACUCGGGAACUUAUAACAAUCAGUGGAUUGUGUUUGAUGCAAACGCUUGGAAAUUGAAGAAGGAAGCACUUUUCAUAUGCGAACAGAUGCCUGGUUUGAUGAAAUCACUUGAUGUCACCGACUUCUUGACUACUGGCGAUCAUUAUUGGGGUUCUUUUAAUGUGCCUUAUGACACUGAAAUAUAUGAGAAAUCGGGCUAUUCACAAAAGUAUCCCGAUGUGAAUGAAUACACAGAUAAUGCACGCGCAAAGAUAUUCAAGAGAGACGCAGUCAAAGUGACUAAUAUGGACGAGAUGAAACACAUCAUGUUAUACAAUGACUAUUUGAACGACGAACUCUCGCUGAAAGAGCCUUCCAAUGCUAUUGCAGCUCGAUACGACUUGAGAAGUACAGAGUUGCCUCCCGCUUUUGGUGCUAUUGAUGGCAAAAUUGUUAAGGUCUCCGAACCACACAUCACACACGCCAUUUCUGGACCAACACAUCAAGAGCAAACCCCAUUUGAUUUCAAAGCAUUCCCAGACGUCGUUCGUGAAGGUGUUCCAGACCUUUUCAAUUUCGACUGGGUUGUCGAAGAUGACAGAAAAUAA